GUCUGGACGAGAGAAUAAGCAUUGAAUGUUAUAUAGGAAAUAACGUGCCGGAGUCUGUCAGUACAUGCGCAUGGAAUGUGACCAUACAUGAUCACUGAAUCUCUGUCCCUCUUGCCCCCCCCGGAUUACGUCCGAUAACAACUAGAUCGGCCUCGACUCGUGCUAACACAAAGAACUGUGGCGUGUUACACACAAAUCAUCUCGAUCAAGCCCACGUUCAUCUCCACUGCCUGGAAACCAUUCUAUCUUUACCGCCAUCAGGCGCUGAAUAGUCCCUAUAUCACAAAGCAUGGAUAUCACCGCACAGACCUUCGGUCUGCACCUCCCCAAGCUCUUGGACGAGUUGUCAACCUGUUGUUUCGUAUCCCUGGACUUCGAAUUCUCCGGAAUAGCCAAAUCUCAUACUGGAGGCAUGAGACGAAAGAGUACCCUCCAGGAGCGGUACGAAGAGGUCAAGGCAUCUGCCGACCAGUACCAGAUCCUGCAGGUCGGCUUGACCAUCUGCCAUGAAGACCCGAUAACUGGCAUCUACACGUUGAGACCGUAUAACUUAUACUUGAGCCCCAUUGUCGACAGCAAGCUCGAUGUUGAGAGGGACUGGUCGUUCCAGAGCAGCGCUAUCGCGUUUCUCUUGGCAAACAGAUUCAGCAUGGAGUCGCUCUUCACAAAUGGCGUGACGUAUCUGGCUCGGGACGAAGAGCAGGCGGCCAUCACCAGAGCCAUUGAGAGACGCGAUCGCCCGCCGAGGACGGCAACUACGCUAGGCGUCGAUGAAACCGAGCACGAAUCACUCGCAUUCCUGCAAGAAGUGCGCGUUCUCGUGGAUGCCUGGCUUAAGCAGGGUAGUGCCCGGCGCAACUACCUCAACAUCCCACCAGCCAGCCGUCCCAAUCCAACCCACGAGCCCAGUUCCAGUUCCAUGCCGGUGGAGAUUAACAGAUUCCAGAAGAGACUAAUCCAUCAGCUGAUCGAGGUUGAAUACCCGUCGCUCACAACCAUCGGCAAGCAGGGGUUUGUGCAAAUCAUUGACUAUGACGAGGAACGGGAGAAAGCCGUGCAUGAGCAGAGGAUCCAGUUUGUGCAGGAGAAAGCCUGGAAACAGAGGGGCUUCAGAUGGAUCGCCGAGGCUUUGGCUGGUGGUGACCUCACAAAACUAGGGCCUCACUACUUCAUAAAUAUCAUGGAAGGCUUGCCAGGGAGACUCAAGGGCUCUCUCAAGGAUUUCUCGGACCGGAUCAAGCGACGGCUGCAAACCAAUCGACCGGUAUUGGUGGGCCAUAAUCUGUUUACGGAUCUGAUAUACUUCUGUCGUUGCUUCUUCGGGCCUCUGCCGGACCGUGUUGAGGACUUUCAAGCCAUGGCCCACCAGAUGUUUCCGGUGCUGAUGGACACGAAGUAUAUGGCUACGCAUGAUUGCGGCUCCAUCAACCCUACGUCCUCCUUGCAAGAAAUCAACGACAAUCUUGUCGCCAUUCCAUAUCCAAGGAUCAGCGUUCAUCCGCAGCAUAGCAAGUACCAUGCCCAAGGAAUAGACCAUGAAGCGGGCUAUGACAGUCUGCUCACAGCGCAGGUCUUCAUCAAGCUCUCUGCACAGCUUCGAGACCGAGGCGCCAAUGAGAACCCUACCCCGUCACAUCCUCAAGCUCCUGAUCAGGCGUCGGCUAGAAGGCAGAGCCAGCACAUGGACCAGGCCCGAGUCUCUCUACCCAUACGCCCCAAGCCGAGCAAUGUUCAGAUCAUGUUCGGUACCGUCAUGGUUAACAAGGUUAUCGAGAACCCGGUUGGCAAUGAUAGCAUUCUUCCUCCUGGGGCAGAUGAAAUGGCAUUGAGUCCCAAUGUCUCCCCUCAGGUCCAGCAGAAAGUCAACAAAGGUGAGCUGAUCCCUCGGCUAGGCGCCAGAUUCUGGAGCGUCUACGGAAACAAGUUGCGUGUCUUUGGGCCUUCCGCCUCCGAUUCCAGAGUGUGCAGAAGCUGUCAAGAGACGAUCGUUCGCCGCAACUUUGCCUCCGCCGCGGCCACGGAGGGCACUCCGGAGACCACCACCGCGCCUCCCAGCUCGGCCUUCCCCGUUGUGAAGCCUGCCUACACCAUCAAAGCCGGCGUGCUUCUGUCCCGUCCGCCGCAGAUCACCCGCGACCUCACCGAUUUCGAGAAGGCAUACUUUUUCUACCAGCGCCGCCUGAACGAGCGGUUGACGCUCCCCUUCACCAAAUACUUCUACUUCAAGCGCGGCACGCCCGCCGACGAGGACUGGAAGCGCAAGAUCCGCGAGCGCCAGACCGCCGCCCGCGAUAUCGGAAAUUACAACGCCUAUUCGCCGGAGGCGUGGAACGAUGAGCUACUCGUCGGCGCGGUCGAGUCCGACCCGGCUCACCAGGUCGAGAUGCUCGUCCGCGAUGCGGAGGCGACGGUCAACGCCACGUCCCAGGACACCAGCAAGAAGGAGGAGGUCGCGAGACCGAUGCCCCGGGUGACGGAGGCGGACGAGAAGGGCGACGACAAGAGUCUGAACCGAGCUCUGCAGAGGACUUUGUAUCUUCUCGUGCAGUCCAAGGAAGGAUACUGGAAAUUCCCCAGCUCUCCGGUUGAGACGGAGGAGACUAUCAAGCAGGCUGCCGAGCGUACCCUCGCCCAGUCGGCGGGUGUCAACAUGAACACCUGGUUCGUGGGCUACCACCCUGUCGGCCACUACGUCUACAACGUCCGCAAACCCACCUCGGAUCACCUGGGCGAGAAGACCUUCUUCAUGAAGUCGCGUAUCUUCACCGGCCAGGCGGACCUGUCCGGUAACACCGACAACCUGACCGAUUUCAAGUGGCUGGCCAAGGACGAGAUCUCGAAAUAUGUCCGGCCACAGUACUAUGCCAGCAUCAAGAACAUGCUGGCCGAGCGGUAAAAAUUUGGUUUGAUUGAGUGCUCGUUUACUGUACUGUUAAGAUAGAUUUAGUAUGUUGUGUGCAGCCAUGGACCGGGAAUCUUUUGCAUAUAUUUUGAGAGAGAGUGUGUGUGUGUCAUGUAUAACUAGCUUUUUUUUCGCCAAGUUCUUCUACUCUUUUUUCUUUUCGGUUGAUAUCAUGUGCAAAGAACCUUUUCCUUAUUUUUAAAGAAAGAAAAGAUGAACCACAGCAAAUGCAUUUCCAAU